AUGAGACCAGACAUCGCAGUCGUCGCGCUGGCGCUAUUCGCGCCCGCGUGGGCCGCAGCCGUCGAUACCGGACUUCACGGAUCAGAUGUCGCAUUCCUCGCCCCCAAAGCAGAGCGCGACAACUCCCAGCAAGACGAGAAGCUGUGGAAGCGCAAGGGCGGCGGUGGAGGCGGCGGUGGUCGCGGAGGAGGUUCAUCAGGUGGGUCCCGCUCGGGAGGUGGUGGUCGUUCUGGCGGUUCCUCUGGGGGCUCCAGUUCAGGCGGCUCCGGCUCCAGUUCUGGCUCGGGUUCAAGCUCAUCCAAAGGUGGUACAGGCGGCAGCACAGGAGGUUCGAGAAGCGGCGGUGGUGGCAGUGGUUCCAGGUAUGGGUCCUCUGGACAGUCCCGGUCCGGUUCGUCGAGCAACAGGCAAACUAACAGCGCAUCAAGCACUGGGAGAGGCAGCGUCCGCGACAACGCUGGCGGAGCGACAAGGUCGGGCAGCGGCCCUGCGCCGGCUUACGGCGGCGGCAGGUACUACGGCGGUGGCGCAACGGUUCCUUACAGGGCCGGCGCAAGGAGUGGCAGCAUGGUGCCGUUCUUCUUGGUCGGUGGUGCUCUGGCCUUCUGGCCGGGCCUCUGGCUUGCCGGCGCACACAUGUACCCGUACAGUUACCCUUACCGCUACUACAACGAGACCGCACGCGCGAACCAGACGAAACCAGUGCUCUGUGGUUGCGCCGACAACCAGCCUUGCGGUUGCGAAGAGAACAACGCCACCGAUUACAUGAACUCGCUCCUCGGCAACGGAAGUUACAACGCUCUGAACAAGACUGUCGUCAACAUUGGCGAGGUGAAUGGCACUGAGACUAUCCUCAUUAACGGCACCCUGCCCAACGGCACAACUGCGGCCGGCGGUGACGACGAGGUUGGCUCCGCCGCCUUCCGCACUGCUGUGGAGACGCUCGGUUUCUGGCCCGUCGCCGCGGUUGUUCUGGCGAUGGUGUUUGCCGCAUAA